UUUUACUUUUUUACAUAUUAUAGGUAUGGGUGACAUUGAAGGACUAAUAGAUAAAGUCAACGAGUUGAAGUUGGAUGACAAUGAAGCACUUAUAGAGAAGUUGAAACAUGGUCAAUUUACGUUGCGAGACAUGUAUGAACAAUUUCAAAAUAUUAUGAAAAUGGGCCCCUUCAGUCAAAUCUUGGGGAUGAUCCCUGGUUUUGGAACAGAUUUUAUGAGCAAAGGAAAUGAACAGGAGUCAAUGGCAAGGCUAAAGAAAUUAAUGACGAUAAUGGAUAGUAUGAAUGAUCAAGGUAAGUUGGUAGAUUACUUGUUCUGCAUAUCAGCAAGUUGAGAGUUUCACUGUGGU